AUCGAAAUUGGACAGAUUUCAGCUAUUCGAAACCGAUUCGUGGCUUCAUUUACGGAUUGAAGAGCUUGAAUAUAGUGAAAUAACUGCUAGUAAUUUGUGUUUGUGAGUGAAAGCAUACAUUUUAAAAUGAUUGGUAAAGCAAACAUCAAAGCUUUCACGAAGGAAGAGGAGUUGCUGCUGCAAGAUUUUAGUCGGAACGUCUCCACAAAAUCUUCGGCCUUAUUUUAUGGAAAUGCUUUCAUCGUAUCGGCGAUUCCAAUCUGGCUCUUCUGGAGGGUUCAUGCUUUAGAGAUUAGUACGUCUCUGGCCUGGUUCGUACUAGUGACCGCUGUCAGUACAUGGCUCCUGGCUCUCGCGUACCGCAACACCAAGUUCCAGCUGAAGCACCGCGUCGCCGUGCGUCGAGAGGAUGCCGUCGCUAGAGAGAUGAGCAGGAAACUGGCCGACGAGAAGAAAAUGAGCAGAAAAGAGAAAGAUGAAAGAAUUCUGUGGAAGAAGAAUGAGGUGGCAGACUAUGAAGCAACAACCUUCUCAAUUUUCUACAACAAUGCUCUGUUCCUGACUAUUGUUAUCUUAAGCAGCUUCUACCUGCUCCGGUCCUUCACACCAACUGUUAACUACAUUGUAUCUCUGUCUGCGGCCUCGGGACUCCUGGCGCUACUCUCCACCGGCACCAAGUGAACCAAACUGACUGAGUGUGAGUGAAGGAGUGUCUAUAUUGUUAAUUUAUUAGAAGUAAUUUUUUUAUUGUGAAUUUAUGGUUAAGUAAAAUAAAACAA